AUGAACGAACGAAGAUGGGGGUAUGAGCAUGCAGUAGAAAUAGAUCUGUAUAGGUGGAACUUAUUUAAAGCAACAUGUAUUGUGAAAGAGAUAAUCGAGCUUGAGCAUUCAGAAUAUUGGUUAUGGUGGUAUAAUAAUGAUCUUGAUAGGUAUAGUAGAAUGAUUAGUGAUAGUGAUGUUGAUAAGGUAUAUCAAUAUGUCAUGGAAAUGAAAUGUGUAGUGCACAUAUAUGUUGAGCAUAAAGGUAAAUGCAAUGCACAAGAAGCUGAUGUAGGUGAUGUUCAAGAAGAUGAUGUUUUAGGUGUUGAACAAGAUGAAGUAGGUAAUGAUGUUGGUGGUGUUGAACAUGUUGAAGUAGGUAAUGUUAUUGGUGUUGAACAUGUUAAAGAUGAGAGGGAUCUUGGGUUGGACGAUUGCUUUGGUGUUAUUGAAAAUCAAGUUGAAGAAAGGGGCAAAAAAGGUAGGAUGAAAGUUGCAGCAAGGAAGCACAAGCAUACUCCAACGAAAUUACAAAUUGGUGUUGAUAAUGUAUGGUCAUCUAGUUGUAUGGAUAAUGAGAUGGACAUCAACUAUGUUAGUGACAAGCUUGGUAGUAGUGACUCUAAUGCUUGUGAUGGAGAGAAGAAACCAAAAUAUCUAAGGUUUAAGAGGAAGGAUUUGGACAAGAAUUACAAAUUCAAAGUGGGAUUGGAGUUUGUAUAA